CCGCCGGCAGCCCCAUGGCCGCGGCCCCGCUGGGCGGCGCCGCCGGGAGCCUGCUGCAGUUCCUGAGGCUGGUGGGGCAGCUCAAGAACGGAGGUGGUCCUGGCAAAAACCAUUUGAAGCAGAAACACGUGCAGGUUGGCAGACAGCUGAGGGAUGAAAGGCUGAUCCAAAAAGUGUCAUUGACUGAGCAUGGGGCUUACCUCAGAAGCUCAUGAAUCUAAUUCUAGUUCAUCUGAGCAAGUAAUUUAACUGUACCUAGUAUCAAUUUCCACUUCUGUAAAAUGGAGAUAAUACAAAUUACACCUACAUUGCCGAGAUGGAGUGAAGAUUAAUUACAGUAGUUAAUGUGUGACCAGUGCUUUGAAGAGAGAGUACCACGAACAGGCUGGGUGUACAGGAAUGUAGAGAAACCAGAGAGUGUAUCAGAUCAUAUGUACAGGAUGGCAGUCAUGGCUUUGGUAACUGAAGAUAAACAACUUAAUAAAGACAGAUGUGUACGACUAGCUCUGGUUCAUGAUAUGGCUGAAUGCAUUGUUGGAGAUAUAGCACCUGCAGAUAACAUCUCCAAAGAGGAGAAACAUCAGCGAGAGGAGGCAGCUAUGAAACAUUUGACCCAGCUGCUAUCAGAAGACCUGAGAAAAGAAAUCUAUGAACUCUGGGAAGAAUAUGAACACCAGUCUACAGCAGAAGCCAGAUUUGUAAAAGAGCUGGAUCAGUGUGAGAUGAUACUCCAAGCAUCUGAGUAUGAAGAGUUGGAAAAAAUGCCUGGAAGACUGCAGGACUUCUAUGAUUCAACAUCAGAUCACCUUUCAAAGGCACGUUCAGGAACCAGAUUUGCUAUGAGGACUUGGAUAUCUGGCCUUUCAACCUCCAGGUCAUCAAUUCAAAUCCACCACAAGUCGGUGACAGAAGGUUUUAUUUGACAGUUGAUUGAUAACAUCUGCCAAAUAAGUUGGAGGUCUCAUUCAAAUUCACAGAAGACAGAGGCUCACCUCACAGAACGCCAUCAAAACUGGCUCCACAAGGGGGUGCCUCAGCAAUGAGAGCAGGACUGAAUAACCAUGGCGACUGAACCCUCAUCUUGACAGGGUUGCCAACUUUCUGACUGCAGAAAACUGAACACCCUUGCCCCACAACCUGCCCCUUCCCACGGGCCCUGAUAGCAGGCACCGCCCUCAUGGUUCCCGGCCAAUGGGAGCUGCAGAGCCGGUACUCAGGCAGCGUGCAGAGCCUCCCUGGCCACCCCUGCACCUAGGGGCCGCAGGGACACGUCGCCACUUCCAGGAGCCAUGCAAAGCCAGGGCAGGGAGGGAGCCUGCCUUAGUCCUGCUACGCUGCUGACUGAACUUUUCAUGGCCUGUUCAGUGGUGCUGACGGGUGCUGCCAAGAUCCCUUUUUGACCAGGCAUUCUGAUUGAAAAACCGAUGCCUGGCAACCCUAUGGUGGUACCUAAUCCAGGGGUUCUAGCACACCAGUGGAGCAAGGUAAGGAAGCUGUACUUAGUUUGUGAGCUCUUUGGGAGCUGGCACUGUCUUUGUUCUGAUUUGUAUAGCACUUAGCACAAUGGAGUCCUGGUCCAUGACUAUGGCUUCUAAGCACUACUAAAAUA